AUGGCGUACUCCGAUCGAAGUCAACAAAACAACAUCAACAACACAACAGCACCCCCCAGUACAAAUGUUUUCACCUAUGAAGACUUUCUGGAAGCUCUACUAGAGAACCACCCAGGAAACCCAAGCGCCCAUCAGCCAAGGGCACCUCAGACCGCUGCGGCCUAUGGGCCCACAAUCAAUCAGGCCCCAGUACAUCAAACGCCGACAAAUAGACAAUUCCCUGGAGGCCAAGUCAAGAACGACCUUAAUUUCGAAAGGGCUGUAGACUUCGUCUAUCGGGUGGGGCUACAGCUAGAGGCCGCGGAACUAGAUCCCUACGCCGAUGUCCAUCCAGUCGACGACGGCAUUCGGAGAUGGUUACACACGUAUCCCCUGGUCUGGGACCUGUAUGUGGCAAAGGAUCUCGAUCGCCGCAUAUGGCUUGCGGAUGCCCGUCUCAAGCACCACGAAGCACAGCAGGCCGCCCGCGUCUCUAGGGCUUCAGAUCGACUCACAGGCGGUGUCACCGAUUCCAAAUGGAAUCCCAACAAGUCUUUACCGUCCCAGCAACCCCAGAACCAGCCGCAGAUUGUGCACCCACAAGCAGUGCAGCCACGAUACGGGAAGCCGCAAUUCAUGCAGGCACAAUUCGACCAGCAACCCCAGCAGACAUCCCAGCAGACAGGCCAGCGGCAACCCCAACGGCAGGCAAACCAGCAGCAACCCAAGCCCCCCCAGCAGUCCCCCCCGCUCACCCAAAAGCACUCCAAUCCCGCUGGACAGCAGACCCAGAACCAAACCGAGCACUCCAUCUCCCAGGCGCUGAUUGACUUUUGCGUCUGUCGACGCGGCUUCCACAAGGCCGACAUCAAGAAGAUUGUAUAUCACUACAACCGGGUCAAGCUCCCGACUUACUCAGCACUUAUGAUUCCUAGCGAGCCUCCAAACCGAGCGCCGACUCCGAAGCAGAUGCGCCUCCAGUUCUCCCGCCAGUACCCAGCCCUUCCCAAGGAUGGAUCUGGUCAGCUUUGUCAAGGCCAAGCCCAGAAUUGUCCGCCUCGAAAAGAUAAUGCUCCUACAGGAUUUGGCAACUUCGAAGCGGACAUGAAGAAGAGCGACGGCGAGUACCAUGAACUUAAGAAGAAUUCGGCGACUACCGAACCCCAUGUCUUCAAUGAGAAAUACAAGCCAACAGGCGCCGCAAAGGCAAAUGUUGUUCCAGAUGUUACUCCGACUGCGGACGCAGCUCCUGCCUCCAUGCAAACAGAAGAGGCCCCACCCUAG